GGCGGGGGCCGCUGGCUGCGGGCAGCGCGGAGCGGCGGCGACGGAGCAGCCGGAGCCCGGGCGGCGCUGAGGGGAGGCGGCGGGCGGGCAGGCAGGCAGGCAGGCAGGCAGGCAGGCAGGCAGCCAUCCCGGCCCGGCCGAGAGACCCGCUCCGCCGCGGCAGGCACGGCCGGCGCCGCCCGCCCUCCCGCACGCCGUGCCCCCGCGGCGCAGCGAGGCCUGGCCGCGGCUCGGAGAGCGGGGCCCAGGCGGCGGCGGCGGCCGUGGUGGUGGUGGUGGCGGCGGCUGGGCGCUCCGCCGCGCCUGCCCUGCCAUCUUAGGUGCCGUGCCCCGCCGCCUUUGUGCCCGCCGCGCCCGGGCACCCGCGGGGGCCGGGCCCGACGCCCCUCCGGGGGCGCCUCCCCCCGCGGGGCCGCCGCCCCUUGCCCCGCUCCUCCUCCUCCUCCUUCUCCUCCUCCUCCUCCUCCGCGGGGGGCCGACCGGCGCUCCCAGCCCGGCUGCGGCGGAGGUAAUCCAUGCUGAAGAGGCUCCAUUCAUACAGAUGAACCAAGGGUUGAGGCAGCACUUUAAACCCAGAUAGUCGGUCGGCUAACUGCCCAGCAGGAUGCCAUCAACCAGCCGAGCGGGCAGCCUGAAGGACCCAGAAAUUGCAGAGCUCUUCUUCAAAGAAGAUCCAGAAAAGCUCUUCACAGAUCUCCGAGAGAUUGGCCAUGGAAGCUUCGGAGCAGUUUAUUUUGCACGUGAUGUGCGCACCAACGAAGUGGUGGCCAUCAAGAAAAUGUCAUACAGUGGGAAGCAGUCCAAUGAGAAAUGGCAGGAUAUUAUUAAGGAAGUCAAGUUCCUCCAAAGAAUAAAACACCCUAACAGUAUAGAAUACAAAGGCUGCUAUUUGCGGGAGCACACAGCAUGGCUUGUUAUGGAAUAUUGUUUAGGAUCAGCAUCAGACUUACUAGAAGUUCAUAAAAAGCCAUUGCAAGAAGUGGAAAUAGCAGCAAUUACCCACGGUGCUCUCCAGGGAUUAGCAUACUUGCAUUCUCACAACAUGAUCCAUAGAGAUAUCAAGGCAGGAAACAUCCUGCUGACGGAGCCAGGACAGGUGAAACUUGCUGACUUUGGGUCUGCUUCCAUAGCAUCUCCUGCCAACUCAUUUGUGGGGACGCCAUAUUGGAUGGCCCCAGAAGUGAUUUUAGCCAUGGAUGAAGGGCAGUAUGAUGGCAAAGUAGAUGUUUGGUCUCUUGGAAUUACCUGUAUUGAGUUAGCGGAAAGGAAGCCUCCUUUGUUUAAUAUGAACGCAAUGAGUGCCUUAUAUCACAUAGCGCAGAAUGAAUCCCCUACACUACAGUCUAAUGAAUGGUCUGAUUAUUUUCGAAACUUCGUAGAUUCUUGCCUCCAGAAAAUUCCUCAAGACAGGCCUACAUCAGAGGAGCUUCUGAAGCACAUGUUUGUUCUUCGGGAGCGGCCCGAAACAGUGUUAAUAGACUUGAUUCAGAGAACAAAGGAUGCAGUGAGAGAGCUGGACAACCUGCAGUAUCGUAAAAUGAAGAAGCUCCUCUUCCAGGAGGCGCACAAUGGCCCUGCAGUCGAAACACAGGAGGAGGAGGAGGAACAAGAUCACGGUGUCGGCAGGACAGGAACAGUGAACAGUGUCGGAAGCAAUCAGUCCAUUCCUAGUAUGUCUAUCAGUGCCAGUAGCCAAAGCAGUAGUGUUAACAGUCUUCCAGAUGCCUCGGAUGAUAAGAGCGAGCUGGAUAUGAUGGAGGGGGACCACACCGUGAUGUCAAAUAGCUCUGUCAUUCAUUUAAAACCGGAGGAAGAAAACUACAGAGAGGAAUCAGAUCCUCGAACGAGGGUGUCGGAACCCCAGUCUCCUCCCCAAGUAUCUCGCCACAAGUCUCAUUAUCGCAACCGAGAGCACUUUGCUACUAUACGCACAGCAUCGCUGGUGACAAGGCAAAUGCAGGAACAUGAGCAAGACUCUGAACUCCGAGAGCAGAUGUCUGGCUAUAAACGUAUGAGACGGCAGCACCAGAAGCAACUGAUGGCAUUAGAGAAUAAACUGAAGGCAGAGAUGGACGAGCAUCGCCUCAGGUUGGACAAAGAUCUUGAAACACAGCGCAACAAUUUUGCAGCAGAAAUGGAAAAGCUAAUUAAAAAGCACCAAGCAGCCAUGGAAAAAGAGGCUAAAGUGAUGGCCAAUGAAGAAAAGAAGUUCCAACAGCAUAUUCAGGCCCAACAGAAAAAAGAAUUGAACAGUUUCCUGGAGUCCCAGAAGAGAGAAUAUAAACUCCGUAAAGAGCAGCUGAAAGAGGAACUGAAUGAAAACCAGAGCACUCCAAAGAAGGAGAAGCAGGAGUGGCUCUCCAAGCAGAAGGAGAACAUCCAGCAUUUCCAGGCAGAGGAAGAAGCCAACUUACUGAGGCGUCAGAGGCAGUACUUGGAGCUGGAGUGUCGCCGCUUUAAGAGACGGAUGCUCCUUGGCCGCCAUAAUCUGGAGCAGGACCUGGUUCGGGAGGAGUUAAACAAAAGGCAGACACAGAAGGACCUGGAGCACGCCAUGCUGCUGCGUCAGCACGAGUCCAUGCAGGAGCUGGAGUUCCGCCAUCUCAGUACCAUCCAGAAGAUGCGCUGCGAGCUGAUCCGACUCCAGCACCAGACCGAGCUCACCAACCAGCUGGAAUACAACAAGCGCCGGGAGCGGGAGCUGAGGCGUAAGCACGUCAUGGAGGUCCGGCAGCAGCCCAAGAGCCUGAAGUCAAAAGAACUACAGAUAAAGAAGCAGUUUCAGGAUACAUGCAAGAUCCAAACCAGACAGUACAAAGCACUGAGAAACCAUCUGCUGGAGACCACGCCAAAGAGUGAACAUAAAGCUGUCCUCAAACGGCUCAAGGAGGAGCAGACCCGGAAGCUGGCUAUCCUGGCUGAGCAGUAUGAUCACAGCAUUAAUGAAAUGCUCUCUACGCAAGCUCUGCGUUUGGAUGAAGCACAGGAAGCAGAGUGCCAGGUUUUGAAGAUGCAGCUGCAGCAAGAAUUGGAGCUGCUGAAUGCAUAUCAGAGUAAAAUCAAGAUGCAGGCAGAAGCCCAGCAUGAUCGGGAGCUGCGUGAUCUUGAACAGAGGGUAUCCCUCCGUCGGGCCCUCCUUGAGCAGAAGAUUGAGGAGGAGAUGCUGGCGUUGCAGAACGAGCGUACCGAACGGAUACGAAGCCUGCUGGAGCGUCAAGCUCGCGAGAUCGAAGCCUUUGACUCAGAAAGCAUGAGGCUAGGUUUUAGUAAUAUGGUUCUUUCUAAUCUCUCCCCCGAGGCGUUCAGCCACAGCUACCCGGGAGCUUCUGGCUGGUCCCACAAUCCUACUGGGGGUGCAGGACCUCACUGGGGUCAUCCCAUGGGUGGCCCACCACAAGCUUGGGGCCAUCCAAUGCAAGGUGGACCCCAGCCAUGGGGUCACCCCUCGGGGCCCAUGCAGGGGGUACCUCGAAGUAGUGCUAUAGGGGUCCGCAACAGCCCCCAGGCUCUGAGGCGGACAGCUUCUGGGGGACGGACGGAACAGGGCAUGAGCAGGAGCACAAGUGUUACUUCACAAAUAUCCAAUGGUUCACACAUGUCUUAUACAUAACUUAAACAAUAACUGAGGGUGGCAAUUCCACUGGAGCUGUCUGCCAAGAGAAACUGCCUACAGACACCAGCCCAGCAGCCUCCUCAGUGCGGUGCUGACGUGUGGAAGCUGGGUGCACAUGGAAUAUUGUAUUCAUUUUGUAAAGCAUUACGUUUUGUGUUUACUAACUGGGAUGUCAUAGUAUUUGGCUGCAGGGUUUGGGGGGGGUGAUUUUUUUGGUUGGUUGUUUUUUUUUUUUUUUGUUGCUGUUUUUUACUUUUUGGAGGGGUCUUGGGAGGGCGUCUGAGAAAUAUAUGCAAUUAGUCAGAAGGGUUGGCUGGUGGUUGUCACACUGACAGGACAGAAGGGCCUCAGACUGCCCUUGUCACGCCAUCCAUAGGAAGUCUGAGGGAGAAUGAAGACCUCCUCCCAUGUCCAUAAAUUUCGAACUGCCACCCUGCAAAAACCAGGCGAGCUGCCUUUAAACCAACAUCCAGGGGAGGAACAGCUGGAUCUUCUGUUCCAUUUCCAUUUGUCAUUAAAUUGGAUACAUUUCUAGCGUAUUGCCUCUGCCAAGAGGCCUUGUCAAAGACUUGUAGGUGAGGAAGAAGGGUGAGAAGAGAGGCCAAGAGACACCAGGGCUCGGCAGGGCCCUUCUACCCAAGUGCCCGCUCCGUGUCGUGUAAGAAGUGACGUUCUCUCAGAAGGCACUGGUCAGCUUCCCGAGAAGCGUGUAGGUAAAUCUGGAGGGAACAGGCUAGAAAUGUUCAAAAUCGUAUUCCUGCUUUGGCACUCCCUGACUGUGCUGCUGGUAGCUCAGACAAGGUUGGGCAGAGGAGCGUAAGUAAUGCACUUGUACAGCUAAUACUGUGACAUCUCAUUUUAGCUAAGCAUCGGAAUAAUUAUUGGAGCCCAGCGUAGUCCUUUUUGCUCCAUUCAGAAAUGUUUAGACUUUCAGCCAAUCAGUCUCAAAUGCCAGGGGUGUUUUGAAGGAUGCCAUAGUCACAAAAUGCCAUUGAUCGGGUUUUUCAUUAUGACACUACAUCCACCAAUUUAUUACCUUUUUGGCUUGUUGCAAUUUCCUGUUUACAUGUAGAGUGUAGCCAACUGUUUAAAUGUUUAGUUGCCACAGUGUACCAGGAGGAGCUGAGCCAAUGACUCUUUCCCAGCUGAUGACUAACCCACAUCACCACUGUAGAUCUUGCUGCAUGUGAGGCUCCUUUUUAUUAUUUUCGUUGCUGCAAUACUUCACAACUUUUACAGUCCCUUGAGGCGCUGUGAUAUUUUGGCAGCGUAUCACACCGUGCGAGAAGGCACUACUUCCAGAGGCUCGUUGGAGCUGCUGUACUACUGAAAGGAAGCAAAGGAGGUUGUGAAAUCCAUACGGUGAUAAAGGGGUCAGGGAGCCGCGUUAACCGAAUGGCUUUGUGGCAUCGUGUCACCCCUUAGUGCUGGGAACGGGAGACGCCCCCGUGCUCUUGUGCCGGUGCCGGGGCGGCCUGGGUCAGCCAGCACUGCGGGGCUAGGGAAAGAGCAGGGAGAUGACGUUUGGCUUGAGGCAAAGAUUUCCGUCUUGGGGACUGACCAGCCAGGGUUCUUUGUAGAUGUUUUUUCCUUGCACACUAAUCAUCUUGAAGAAAACACUAGCUGCUAACUCUAGGAUUUGCCUUUAAUGUUUAUAGGGCUCAAAAGCAAGGUUUUUCCGAAUGUGUUUGUCCAUGUGACAUAUUUAUAUAGUAAAUACUCUAGUGUCUCGCUGCUGUUCAGUACUCUCGACAGGGCGACGUUCUCUCGUUAGCUAAAUUAACAUCCACUCCCGAUCCUUAACUCUCUGCCAGUGUCCGGUGAAUCCAACUGGGAUUUCUAGCAUCUUGACGUAGCCCAUCGCUCUGAUCGAAGAUGGAAACUACCAAAAUACGUUUGAGCAGCCCCUUAGUAAGGAGCUUUGUCGUACUAACAGUAGACGGAAGCCUGGGAUGAGGCGGUGGUCCCGCGGAGGUGACUCUGGUUGCCCCACCCCGGGGCAAGUGGUGACUGUGAAUUGUCCUGUCCUUUCCUCUGCUAUGUUUUUUUAUGUGGAAUUGGAUGUUUUGGGGUCAUUCUUUCGCAUUGCAGUGUUGUUGAAAUGCCGCGAAACCGAUUUAGGAAAGGUUACCUGUAUUUUCCUGGGUUUAGAAAGACAAAAAUGAAACGAAAGGCCAAAAUUGCAUGGGAUUUACCACGUGAGAGCGGAGGGUGUGCCCAGAGCGUGGUGCUAACACGGCGUUUUGAAGUUCAGCUCCUCUAUCACAAGCAGCAGCAGUGACAGCGGGGACAGGCUAUACCUGCAAGUUCAGUGGGUUCAUUCUUUUGCUUCUGUUAUGGUUUGAAUUUGGUCAAAGUCUCUGGCUUAAAUUGAGCUACUUCAACAGAAUUCUCUCAACCCAUCUCUUCGUGUAAUGUCAAGCAUGACUGAAUGCUGAAUCCAAAUGAUGGCUAUCCCAUAUUGGCUUUUUUUGUAUUCAAAAAGAAUUGUGUAGUAACCAUUUUUACAUGUAUAUCAUGUGCAGACCUGGACUAUUCCAACAAGUUAAUAUUUUAAUUAAAAUAGUUUGCAAAAACUGAUUCAGAUCACCUGGUCUAAAUGUGUGUGUCCCUGUGUGUACGUGGGGGAAGGAAAGGUGUCCCAGACAAGCCUGAUCUCGAGAGGAGGCACCCCAUUGCGCAGCUGUAGCCGAGGGACUGCGGGUCAGGCUGAGCCUUGGAGGUGUACGAGGAGGCCCCUGGUGCUGAGAAUUUUGACGUGUCUUGGGUACAUUUCUGAGAUACGUAAACAACCAUAAAAUACGCUAGAGAGACGCAAACACUCUCUGAAUCAGUUUGCAAACUCUAUUUUUAAAAGCAGGACCAGUUAAUUACCCCAUAUUGUGCUCCUUGCAGUCAUGCCCUAACUUUGGUUUUAAAAAUACUGUAAUCUGUAAAUUGUGGAAAUGACUCCAGUACCUCAGCAAAGAUGUUCUUUUACAUCUUUUAUGCUCGUAUUUAACACUGGGGAAACUCUUGUGUGUGGACUACUUUGCAAAUUGUAUUGCAGUAUUUUCAAAUCACCAGCUUGACCCCUGAAAUCUCUUAUUCUGUGGUUAUUUUUCUCUCCCCCUUUGCAAAGACCUAAAGUUCUGAUGUAGUUUAGCCCAGAGAUGAAAAAAAAAAACAAAAACAGGAGCCAGCAUUUUCACCUCUUUCGGAAUUGGAUUUCUUUUGAUUUUAUUUAAUUAAAAUUGGUGAAAGGGACCACGUUUUUCUUGUUCUCCAUGGUCCCAGGGAGGCAGCAGCCACCUCUCCCUUCCAUGUUGAACGUUACAUGCUUUCUUCCUCGGAUGCAGCGCUGAAACGGAGGCCGGCUCUGUUUCACCUGCAUUCGCUCCAAGCCUGUGAGCUUCAAAGGGGUUGAAGAAAGAAAUGUGGUACGAUACCGAGCUUUCCACAGAAAUUUCCCCGCAGCCAUUCCUUGCCCGGCUUGGGGCCAGGCUGGCAUCGCUCUGUGUCCCACCCAGCCCUCCCGCUCCAGAAGACGGCGCGUUGCACGCUAGCUGUAACCUGCACGGGGUGCACCCUGGUGUGGACCCCGGGAUGAUGCUGUUGAUUAACCCCCCGCCCCGGGGGGAAGGGCCCCUUGCGCGUCAGGCUGCCCUGCCCCUUGACCCUGCUUACGUGCCAUUUCCUGAGAGGCAAUAAAUUGUAUUGUACCACUGUCUACCAUUACUCUGUUGAAUACGCACAUCUCUCUGGUUAUAUAUAUGGUUAUCUCAUUUGUAUAUAUUUAUAUACUCUGUACGUACGUGUGUGUGGGUAUACGUGCACACACAUCAUGCUGUGCAUUUCUGUCAGGGCGCUUCAGUUCUGCUGUUCCUUAGCACUCCUGUUCGUGAGCAAACGCCACCCCUGCAGCAGGGCUCUCCGGGGCGAGGGCGCCUGCGUCGGCGCAAGCUCUGCCUAGGGCUGAAACGCGGUCAAAAACCCUCGCUUAAAUACGGCCCGGCUAAUCGCAGCUUGCUUUUUCUGGGGAGCGGGAGGGUAGGCUAGCUGCUACGGGUGUGCUGGAGAGGAGGGGAGAGAGCUCCCAGAGGGUACCAGAAAGUCAGAAGCCAGCAGAGGAGAAAACAGGACGGUGUAGCGACAGGAAAGCAGCUGAGGCGGGGUACCGAUGUGCUGGGGGGGCGGUGAGUGGGCCGGUGAGGCGCUCAGCGGGCUGAGCUCAGAGUCCCCAGCUGCGUCUUGCCACGGAGGGUCGCAAGCCCGGCACGGUCUUGGCACGCUGCACCGGCGCUAACUUGUGGCAGUCGCGAGUUCGAGCCGCCGCUGCCUCUGGACACUGUCUACCUUUGUGUGCGUCUAAUAACCAGAGCAGGUUCUGUGGAGGAUCAAAAGAGAAGCUAAAUUGCCAGAUUUAAGAGGUACACGCGUGUAUGUGUGUACAGCGUGUACGUACGUGCGUGGAUAUGCCCUCACAGAGACGAUUGUGGUCUGUUCCUUGUUCUGCUUGGGCACGUGUGCUGUAUUACUCGAGCCCAGUAAGCGGUACUGGGUGCUUGCUCCGCACCUCUAGUAAGCUUCGCCCUGGUCUUUCUCGUAGCAGAGCGGCGAGUGCCGCGCUAGACACCGCGAGCUCCUCAAGCUGCCAAGACCCUUCUAACCUUCUCCUUUGUCCUCCACAGACCCCAUCUUAGCGAGGCAUCGGGCAGUUCGGGGGCUGGACGGUUCUUGCACGAGUCAAGUCACAAAUGUUCACCCAGCUGUGAGAUUUACCCCGCCGGGGAAGCCCAGGAAGCUCAGCAGCGCCGGCCGUGGGCUCUCUUCUUUGUGCUGUGAGAAUUUGGAGGCAAUUCUUCCCCCCGUCCCUUUUGGAAGGUCUCUUGUGAGCUUUUUGAGGCUCGGCUUGGGUUUGGUUCGUCUUUAGCUUGUGCGGCUGCCCGUGGGACUUCCCCGCCGCGGCGCUGGCCGGCAGCGAGCCCCGAGCCGCGUGCCGAGGUCGGAGGGGUGGUGGAUGCCCAGGCAGGGGCGGCGGUCGGUGUCCCUCCGCCGUGUUUCACUUUGCACUUUUACGAGGCGAUUGAGUCGGAGUCUUGAGAAAUACGUGUGAGGCUCUUCGGAGGGUUGUGGGUAGCUGUUUUCAGCCAAAAAAGAAAUAGCUGAUAGAUUUAGUGGUCAUAAUAAACGUCUCCCCACCAGGGAACGACGGCAGCAGAUAACCCUGGUUCUGUUGCACAGUGAGAUUUGGCCGGCUGGGGCUGUGACGGUGCCCGCUGCAUCCCUGCCCCUCGGCCCGGGCUUCGCUGGGGAAGGAGAGGCCUCUGUCAGCUAGGGAGGGACUUAGUAAAUCGGAUUUGCCGGCAAACAAGCACCUUAACCACCGAGCCGUGGGUCUCGAUACUUGUGCUUCACCCAAAGGCUCCUCUUGGGGGAGGGAGGCAGUUUGGUACGUGACCGUUGGCUUCGCACCCAUCUGGCGUCCUCAGAACAUCCUAAAGCCAUGUCCUAGGGAAAAAGAAAACCCAAACCCGGCAUCGGUUCCCUCUCUCCCUGCUUUCUCUGAGUGCACACACUGAGUCCGGGAACCAGUAACCAGGAGGGGUGAGCGUUGCCCCCACGGACGUGAACCAACGCGGGGGUGGGAUCGUCCCCCCCGCCUCGCCCCUCCGGUCCCCUGCCCCGCUCCCCACCCCUGAGUACGGGUACCUCAGAACAUGCACAGUUUGAAUUUUCACUGACAAUUAGUUUAAUUAUUGUGAGUGAAAAGAAUUGUAAUUAUCUGUAAAUAUGUAGUUAACAAAUUGACCUAGUUUCUGUAUUUUUUAAGUUUUUGUACUAAAAUUUAUAGAUACAGUAUGUGCCAGCUAGCAAAAAGCUACUGUAAUUGCCAGUCGUAGUUCAGCAUGCAUCUAAUCCCCGAGACCUGUCAAAGUGAUGCUGUGAGGAAUUGUGCUUAAGUACCGCGAGCUGGGGCGGCGCAGCGGCCGACGGGCGGCAGGGCUGGGGGGCAGCAGCCCCCCGCCUUCAGCCGGCUUCUCCGCGUCCGCUGCGUGGCACCUCCUUCCCCUCGGCGCCGUGGGCCGUGCGGUGGGCAGCGCGAGGGACGGAGCGGUGGCUUCGAGCUUGCUCUGGGGCUGAACUCUGGGAACCGAGUUCGGGUUCUUUGCUGCAGUUUAAUACUGGCUUACGACUAUAUUUUUCAACCUCUCUAGAAAUGAUCUGUUUUCCCCUUCUGACUGCUUUUGUCUUAAACCCGAGAUCGUCUAAACCUACUGGAGGAAAAAAAAAAAGAGAGAGAAAAAAAAAAAAAAAAAAAAAGGCUUUCAUUUAAGAUUGUUGCCUGCUUUUAGUGCCAGGAUCACGCAUUUCUAUGGCAACUCUGAGCUCAGCGGAGUUUAGAAAUCAGCACAGGGUUGUUACCGAGCUGAAGUACGCGGCCGCCGCUCUUGCCCGGCGCUGGCCGAGCCCGACUGCCGCCGCCACGGGCGAGUCCGUGGGUGCGAUGCGGCGGCUUGCGGGGGGUCUCGGUGUCCCUGCCCCGGCGGGCUUGCGCCGCGCGACCUGCUGCCCGGUGAGGGGUGGGCUCCCCUGCGCUUCCUAGGAACGACGUAAGGACCUGUGCUCCUCGUCUUGCGGCAGAGGCAAGUCUGCAAGUCGAGAAUAGCUUUGCCGAGCGUCCCGGGAAGCUGCGAGCAGAGGGGUUGGAGCGCCGGUGAGGCCGUGCUCUCCAGGUCUGGUUAUCCCGGAGGUCGUAGGGGUCGGGAGCGUGUAAGGAUUCAAGGAUCAGAGAAGGAGAGGCAUACGUGCGCGUACGGGUUUGGCUUCUGGCAAGCAAACCACCCCCUUCCUUUCUUCAGCUUUUCUUCCCUCCUAACCCCCCGCAGCUCUUCCCCCUGCUUGCUUGGAACAGGAACAUUUUUUACCUGCCUAGAAACAGCUCAAAAAAAACUAGGAGAGGGGGGGGGGGGGGGCAGCCCUGAUGUAAAUAAUUAACGUUACAAAGUGAAGUGUGUAUAACAUAAAAGGCGACAGCCCUUUGGUGACUUGUAAAUGCUUGAGAAGGUUGUGGUAGGAGGUGGAGGGCCGAGCGACCCCCCUGGGGCUCUGCCGCCGUCGCUGCCCCACCGACACCCGGGGCCGGCGGGUCGGGAAGGGGGGGCCCGCCCUGCCUGCCGUGGCCGCGGGGACCCCCCCCUUGGUUUAGUGGAUGGGAGGGUAGCGUAACGUGUGUAAUACGGAUAGGAGAAGCUGUGUGAGGUGUGUAUAGUGUAUAUUUUUUAAAAAUAGCUUGCUUGUAUUGUGAAGAUUUUAAAGACAAACUUGAGAAUUCUAGCCUAACUAUUAACACAAGUUUAACAUCAGUUACCCCACUGGGUUCAGAGCCUCUUGAAUGUAUAUUCCUUUUUGUAACCUAAAUGACCUAUUCUUCUACCAGUCAGCCAGACAUCCUAUUUAUAUUUUUAAUUUUAUAUAUUACUUUCCAUUUGUUUUCAUUAUUUCCAGCAUGUUUCUGGUUUCGGUUUUUGUUUGUUUGGGGGUUUUGUUUCUUUUUUUCUUUUUUUCUUUUUUUUU